AUGCAAGGAGUGGAUGGCAUGAGCGGAUUUAGCAGCACCAAUGGGUUUGGCAACCCCAGCGGGUUCAGCACUGUGAACAACUUCGACAGCAUGGAGAAUCAGCCCGGAAUGACCCACACCAGCAGCGAGCUAAGUGCGAUUAAUAGCAGAAGUGAUCUGUCGAGAGCAAAUAAUUAUCACACCCUAAGUGGAAACAACACGUAUGAUAAUUACCGCAUGGGUGACUAUGCGACGGAUAGGAGCAUCAUGCAAAACUAUAAUGGCAUGCAGCAAGGGUACACUCCCAGCGGCAACUACCUAGAGGGCCAAAACGCCAACAGGGCCACAAGCCCCCACAAUCUAAACAACAAUUUGGUAAAUCAGGGAAUCAGCUACCCAGGGAAUAACAACACACAGAACAGCUCCUACCUAAAAGGAAAUAUGAGGAGUAGCGUGAAGAGCACCAUAAAGAGUAGCCUCAACAUUUUAAGCAAAUCUUCAAAUGAGACCCUCAAGAAGGAGGAGCAAGUUGGGUACAUCCCUAAGGGAAGUGCAGCCUAUUCAAUUGGGGGUACCGUUCGUGGUGGACGUAGCGGUGAAAUUAGAGGCGAUCUUCAGGGGGGUCAAAGCAGGAACCUCCCUCCGAAUGAAUACUCCUAUGGUGGCCCCCCCUUCUUGAACCAUCAGUACAGCGGAGGGGAGGACAAGUUAGCGCUUCAGGGAAGCAAAGGUGCGCAGAAUGACCACAGUAGCAGUGUAAGGAACAGCCAAAUGGUGGACCCCAGUCUGGCGUAUGGCGGCAACAGAGGGGCCUUUUUUUACGAAAGCCAGUAUUCUGACCAGAGUUCCGCAUGGGGGGGGGACUACAACGCGGGGCCUGUGUAUGAGAGGAGCGACUUCAAGGGAGGCUCCGCAUUUGGCGUUAGCGGUGCAGGCGGCGUUGGCGGUGCAGGCGGCAUUGGCGGCGUUAGCGGUACAGGCGGCGUUAGCGGUGCAGGCGGAUUCGAUAACUCCUACGGUAACGACUCCUCCAGCUUUUACGGCAACAACUCCGCCAGUUUUUAUGGCAACGAUUCCGCCAGCUUCUACGGAAACGAUUCCGCCAGCUUCUACGGCAACGAUUCCGCCAACUUCUACGGCAACGAUUCCGCCAACUUCUACGGCAACGGCGCUGCCAACUUCUACGGUAACAAUGGCAGGCAGAUCCAUGACGAGCAAUCUACGCAGCAGGGGACAUUGCACCCGCAGAUGUUCCUCGGUGCGGCGAACAGUAACAACUGCCCCCAGCAGGUGAAGAAUAAAGCGAGAUCGAGAAAAGGAAAGAACAGCAGCCUAAAGGGGGAGGAGAAAAAAGCAAGCACCAACGUGCAGGAAAAAAAGGCUGCAGUGAAAAAUGACAAAAGGACCAAAACGAACAGCCUAAAGAAUGAAAACGUAUCUAGCAUUAAAAUGAGUGCGAGUAUGGGAAUGGGCCUUGGCACCAGCAUGGGUACCAAUAUCGGCAUGGGUGCCAGUAUUAACACCGAUGCGUACUCGAAUGCGAAUAACGUGAGUCGCAACUACAACGACGAUAGUUACUUCCACGAUGGUAGUUUGAACGCAGUCACGCUGAACGUGUCGAAUGGCGGGCAUUUGGGUAACUUCGAGGGGGUAGCUGCUGUGAGCGGACAUAUGACUGAAAUUGUUGAGGGUGCCCAGGGUGUAGGAACCGCUCCGCAUUAUGGAACCGCUCCGCAUGAUGGAACGGCUCAGCGUGAUGGAGCGGCUCAGCAUGUUGAGGGCCACCCGUUCGAGGAAAACGAGCAGCUCCUCACCAACAGUCAGUUCCUCGAAAGCUACAAGGAAUAUCUGCAGCUGCAGGCGCAGCACCCAGGUGAGCAAAAAGGCAAGCUUUCCCCACCCAACAGUAACCUCACACUCAACAAAGAUCUAGUGGAAAUGAUUUUACGAAACAACAAGUAUUCAAUAGGAAAAGGAACAGGAGAGAGCUUAAGUAACUCCUACACGAAUUUCUUAAUGAAUGUAAGCUCUUCCUAUUUGAAGAAAAAAUCACAGGGGGGUAAGAAUGGAAGGGAGAGUAAACUGCAUUGUGCUGAAGAUCCCCAUGUGGUGGACAAAGGUGUAGAAGGUUAUUCACCCAAAGUGGAUCCUAUGGAGAGGGUGAACUUUCCUAGGGGAGAGACACAACAGGGAUGUGCCACAGGUGCAUAUGUACCGUACAGAGGAGUCACAAGUGAAACGGAAGUAGCUAAAAUAAAAAAGGAGGUGCAGGAGGAGCACCAACUGGGUGGAGCACAGCAGGGGGCGGAGGCAGGUGGAGGGGGAGUAGUAGGAGGAGUAGUAGGAGUCGGAGUAGUAGGAGUAGAAGGAGGAGUCCUGUUGAAGAAAAAAGGAACUCGAGGAAGGAAAAAAAAAAUACAAAGCGGUCCGGUAGAUGGUGGAAACAACCUACAUGAAGGCGUAAAAGUGGAAGAAAAGGAAGUCAAGCGGAAGGGUAGAAAGAGAAAAAUAUAUGUAGAACCAGCUAGCCAAAAUCAGAAUGACAAAGAACUGGAGAAAAAAACAAACGAAUGUGUAAAGAACACUCCAGUGGAAGAACCCAUUAUCUAUAAUAUAAAAGUAGAGGAAACAAAAAUUAAAAAUGACGAUAUGGCAUUGUGUUUCAAAAGACCUAAAGGUGAAGUUCCAUUUGGAGACGACAAUAAUGACUCUCCUCCAGAUUUUACAAACAACGUUUUUCACAUCCUGAGUUAUAAACUGAACAAAUUUAAUGGAAAAAAUUGUAUAAAUAGCCACGCGGAGGUGACUGUUUUGCUUAAUAACUUCCUCAAAGUGGUAAGGAUUUUAAAUCAUCACAAGAAAAUAUUGCAGAGGGUGUAUGGUCAUCGGUUUAAGAUCCCUAGUGAGACUUACCUGAGGAAUUACUUUGAAGCCAAGUUCCCCUUUAUACAGUGCUAUAGAAAUAGGUGCUACGAGUUGGCGGACGGGGGGGAGGAAGAGGAGGAUGGGGAGAAGUACGGAGAGGAAGGGGGAGAGAAGUACGGAGAGGAAGUGGACGGCGUGAAAGCGGAAGCAAAAGCAAAAGUUGAAGUCGGAGAGGAAGCGGGGCCACUUCUCACCGCAGCCACAGCACGUCAGCGCAAGGUCAGAUAUGGUUAA